AUGGGUAAUUACUAUUUGGCUGAUGCAAGAUAUGUCAAUGGUAAUGGAUUUUUGGCACCAUAUAGAGGUACUAGGUAUCAUUUACGAGAAUGGGAACUCAUUGGUCAUACACCUUCAAAUAAGGAAGAAUAUUUUAACAUGAAACAGUCACAAGCUAGGAAUAUCAUAGAAAGGUGUUUUGGUAUUUUGAAGAAACGUUGGGCGAUAUUACGAAGUCCUUCUUUCUAUCCAAUAAAACUUCAAGGAAGGAUGGUCAUAGCAUGUGCUUUGCUACAAAAUUUUAUUAGGAUGUACAUGGUUCUUGAUCCGGAAGAAAACACGACACUCACACUAGAAGAUAUGCCUAUAGGGGAAGAGCAAGUGGAAUCCAACGAUGAUGUUGAAUCUAUUGAUAUUGUUGAAUCGAGCAAUGAGUGGACUCAAUGGAGAGAUUACAUAGCCGAAGAGAUGUUUGAGUCGUGGAUGUCAAGUAGAUGA